AAACAAACAACAUACGAUUCGUCAUGUUCAUUAGUGGAAACUUUUUUUGAUGUUUGUAAAUGAAUCAAUAUCAAGAUAUCACUCUUAAGUAUGAAUGUCACACUAAUGUUAAGUAUAAUCUUGACUGGUUCAGGCCAACUCGUUGAUGGAAGCGACUGUGUUUUGCGUCCAUGCUUGUGCAAUGCUGCAACAACAAAUUGUGCCCUUGUGUCAAAAUUAGAUGGUGUGAAAUUUAUUUCACCCCCAGUGCUACGAACAUUUAAUGGUCGAACCGGCACAGAACUAUAUGUGAGAGGCUGUUCUUUUGAAACAAAUGAAUUAUUCGUAAAUUUGAAAUUGCAAUUUCGAUUUUAUUCAUUGUGGGAUAGAGCCACCAAAGUUGCAGUAUCUAACACGAAGCAGUAUCAGUACAUAUAUCGCACUGAUGGCAAAUAUAUCAUGCGGCCGGAUUAUAAGCUGGAUGGGAUAUAUGAAUGUUAUGCAGAAAUCUACGACAACAACAUGAAUUUUUUAACUAGUCGAAAAUCAACUGCAGUUAGAGUCAACUUCAGCGAUGUUCUUUCUACUGUUGUAUGGUUAUCUUUCGAUAAUAUUUCAUGGAGUGAGGCACUGGCAGACACAAACGCGAAACUCUAUCAGGAAUUAAAAAAAUCUAUUUCUUCAAAUAUGUUUACAAAGUAUCUAAUCAAAUUAAAUAUCACAACGGAUAAACUGCAACUUCUUAAUGUGUUUGAAAAGAACACUAAAGUUGGAGCUGCUAUCAAAUUAAGCUAUACUGGUGCCUCGUUACCAGAUCAAUCAUCUUUUUGUUCUGAAAUGAAAAAGCUACAAUCUGUUUUACCACAAAACAGUUUCGUCGACGCUUAUGGUUGUAAUUUAACGAAAUAUGUUGAAACCAAAAAUAGCACAAAGAAGCGAGAAGAUGACAGUUUAAAUAGUUUAAGUAAAGUGACAAUAUGUGCAUCUAAUACGACAACAAACUGCUCCAGUGCUAGAGAUGUGGCCGUCCAGCUAAACAAAUUAGUUUCAAAUGACAGUUUAAUUCAAACUUCAAAAGAUGUUGAGAAUGUUGCAGAAAUUGUUCAAAAUAUUGUCACUAAUGCUGUUAACGACACUGAAGAAAAAAUCGAAGUUUUCAAUAAUAUCUUGGAGACAGUUAGCCAUAUCCUAGAUGUAAAUGGAAGUUUAAUCAGAAAAGCUGAAUACUGGUCGCAAUCGUCUACUAAAAUGGUAAAUAGUUUAGAUGAAAUAUCGAUGAAAAUAAGUGACACUUUGUCAACAAGGAGUGCAAAUUAUUCAUACACAACAAAGAAUAUCGCUGCGUUGAUGUUUAAAAGCUAUCCUGAAGAAAUUACGCUGUCGGCAACAAUUAUUGGAAAACAAAAUAUCAGUAUCAGCCAAUCAAAACAGACCAACGAAACAAUCGCGACGGUUAAAAUACCAAUCGAAGCUCUAUUAAAAGCAACAAAGCCUUUGGUUCGCUCUUACAUUUACACAAACCGAAAACUCUUUACAAGAGCUGGAAUUAUUGCUGAAAGUGAACGAAAAAAUGCUUCGCUGGAAAGUAUGAAAAGAGAAAAUAAUAGAAUUGUUUUUUCUGUCAGUAUUGGUGAUACUCCUGUAACGAAUUUAAAAACGCCUAUAUCUUUGUCGUUCAAAAAAACAUCGAACAGAAGUGGUACUUGUAAUUUUUGGGAUUUCACAAUGAAAAGUAAAUUUAAGCACUUAUUUGGUGGCUGGUCAGACAAAGGUUGCAAAACAGCUGCUUCUGUUUCUGAAGACCAUACAAACUGUGAGUGUAACCAUCUAACAAACUUUGCACUCAUUCUCAAUCCAAGCCAAAAGAUUAACAAUCCUUUAUCAUUACAAAUAAUCACGUGGAUUGGAUGUGGUAUUUCAAUCGGUGGAUUAUUGUUAACAAUUAUCGUGUAUUGCGCUCUCAGUGAACUUCGCAAAAAGUUUGCAUCAAAGAUUCUUAUCAGCUUAUGCGUCUCACUAAUGCUUACAUUAUUGUUAUUUUUGAUUGGUGCAGAGCGGACAUCAUCCAAGUUGGAGUGUCAUAUUACAGCUGGCCUGAUUUAUUACUUUUUGUUAACCACAUUUUUCUGGAUGGCAGCGGAAGGGUUAAAUCUAUAUCGACAUUUCGUUCAUUCUUUCAAGGUCGCCAAAUCAACAAACGGAGACUUUGUUCGAUUUUCUAUCUUUGCAUGGGGUAUUCCAGCUAUAAUUGUUUCUAUCAGUGCUGCAUUGAACAUCGACCAUUUGGGUAACAACCAGUUGUGUAUCGUUUAUGGCAACACUUUCUAUUUUGGCGUGUUAUUGCCAACUUGCAUUAUAAUGUUGGUGAAUUUUGUGGUCUUGAUCCUAACUUUACGUCAAAUGCGAACACCAGAUAGUUUGAACACAUCACAAACAAAAGAAUAUCGAUUGCGAUUCCUACGCUUUUUAUUGUGUAGUACACUACUUGGAAUAACUUGGUUUUUUGCCAUGCUGGCGAUUGGAUAUUUAACAGAAGUUUUUCAGUAUUUAUUUGCUAUCUUCAAUUCAGUGCAAGGAUUGGCCAUCUUUGUCUUAUUUGUGGUAUUUAAUAAAAAUGUUCGUCGUCAAAUUACUUUAGCAAGAAAAGAAGUUUAUUACAAAUUUUCAGUAGAAACUGAAAAAUGUCAAAUGAAGUAACGAAAGAUAAAUAUCAAAUGGUAACGUUUUGGCGUGUUUUAGCAGUGUGUUGUUUAUUAUACGAAUUCGUAGCCCAAGCGGGGACGUUUUCUUUAAACAGAAAAAUCUUUAUGUUUAUAUUUUGUAUUCCGAGUGUAUAUAUUUAACAAUAAAAGAUGAUCUAACCUUA